AUGCGUACCAAUUUAUUACCAUUCCUCCCCCUGCCCCCCGCCCCCGCCGAGGGGCAUGACUACAUCGUCGUCGGUGGCAGUCCUUCGGGGAUAAUCACGGCAGAGCGCCUAGCUGAAGCGAACAAGAAGGUCCUGCUCCUGCUCCUGGAGCGCAGCAUCACAGGUUCAACCGUCGCCAGGGGGUCUAACCACUCUUUGGUUUGGAACGACACCUUGACGGCUAUUGAUGUCCCCGGCUUGUCAUUCGAUGUGGGCAACAUCGAUUAUGUCGGCAGCUAUCUGUGCUCCGAUACCGAGGGAACCGCCGCUUGUAUCCUCGGGGGAGGCGUCUCGGUCAAUUAUAUGGUCUUUGUUCACCCUCCCGAUCGUGAUUUCGACGACAAGUGGCCGAUGGGGUGGAAGUGGCAAGAGGUGCAAGCUGGGGCGGAGCGGCUAUACCUUUGCAACCCUGGUAACAGCCUGCCUUCCGCUGACAGCCGGCGUCACGGCCAGGUUUUGUACAAUAUUCUAGCCAACUUCUUCUCCCGCGUUGGCUGGCGAUUCGUAGAUAUGAGCGCCCAACGCAAUGAGAAGUACGAGGUCUGCAGCCACCCCGUUUGGAACAUCGAGAAUUACAAACUUGUGGGUCUACUCCGCACGUAUCUACCACGGGCUCUGCAGCGUGCUAACUUCUCUCUGCGUAUGGAUGCGAAGGUCACACGCGUGGUCCGCGACGGCAGCCGCGCCACGGCACCUCGGGGUCGUGUGGUGCUGUCGGCCGGCGCCUUAUCCUCGCCACAAAUCCCCUUCAACUCCGGCAUCGGCCCGAGCGCCCAGAUUGAGACGGCCCGACGGAGUGGCGUUGCUGUCCCGCCGACUACGGACUGGUUUAAUCUGUCCGUCGGGGUAGAUUUGAUGAAUCAUCCGAUCUUCUCUAUUGUGGGCUCGUGUACUCCUCCUGCCGAGGGUGUUGUGACUAUCACUGUCUAUAUGACUCACGGGCUGACUUCGACCGGCGCGCUCGGGCUUAGUACGUCCCAGAAGACAAUCUUUGAGUCGAUGGUGGAUGCCAUCACCGCCCCUGGGACUGGCCUGGAGCUCCAGGAAUACACAAUUACCUCCCCAAUCCUGAGCUCCCUCACGGCAGGGAUCCACUAUGCUGGUACGACGAGGAUGGGCCUUGACGACGGUCGCUACCCCAACGGCACCGCGGUGGUGGACACGAACACGAAGGUGUACGGAAUGGACAAUCUGUUACGUUACCUGUGGAGUUUCCCAACCUACAUCUUUGAUAGUGGCAUUCACCCGGAUCUGACCUCAGACAACAACCAGGCCUAUAUCAUGGUCGUGGCUGAGAAUGCCGUGCUACGGAUUCUGUCUCGUCCGGAUGACGAGUAG